CUUGAGCGUUUCGGUGGCGCGCCACAAAUAAAUCUGUCCCAGAGUUGAGAUGUCGCCGCUUCUGCGCUCAUUGUGCCUGAACUCGGUGCUCCUGGUCCUGUUCCUCUGCGUGCUGCAGGCGGUGGAGUUGCAACUGCACGAGCAGCAGUUGCAGCAGCAAAAGGACGAGCUGUUGCGUGUGCGCGAGGAGCAGCGUCAGCGGGAUCAGCAGCGGGAGCACGAGGCCCUCCAGCGACGCCUCUCGUCCUCGACCACCAGCCGGAAGCCCUAUAUUAUACCCAAUGGAUUAUCGCUUCCCCGGCGGGGUGAACAUCCGGAGAAGUGCCGCCGGGAAGUGCCGGCCGUGUUCUUCCAGUACGACAAGGAAGUAAAGAUCGUGGGCAACAGCACCACCAAUCAGAACUUCACCGAGAUCGAGGUGUGCUGCAAGGGCUGGCGGCGCUACGAGUACGAUUGGAGCCAAUGCGUCCCCGACUGCGGGGAGCGGUGCCAGGAGAACGGCUUCUGUGUGGCCGGUGGAAUCUGCCAGUGCUUCACGGACUUUGUGCUGGACUACCGCAACAACUGUGUGCCCACCUGUCCGCUGGGCUGUCCGCAUGGCCAGUGCUACCUGAACGGGACCUGUCACUGCGAUCGGGGCUACGAGCUGGACGGAUCGCAAAAGUUCUGCCAGCCGCAGUGCAAUGCCACCUGUGGCCACAACGAAGUCUGCUGGGAGCCGGGCAAGUGCUCCUGCGCCGAGGGCUAUGCCCGUGGCCUGAGGGAGUCCGCGGCCCUGGGCUGCCAGCCUGUCUGCAUUCCGGACUGUGGAUAUGGACACUGCGUCGGGCCAAACCAAUGCGAGUGCUUCCCCGGCUAUAAGAAACGGGCAAACGGCAUUUCCUGCGAAGCCGAGUGCUACAAGCGCUGUGAGAAUGGCUUCUGUGCGAAUACGACGACGUGCGUGUGUCAGAAUGGCUAUCGCUAUGACCAGAACACGACGAGCUGUCUGCCGGAUUGCGGGGACAACUGCGAGAACGGGGUUUGCAUCUCGCCGGGGAACUGCCGCUGCUUCAAGGGCUACGUCCGGAAUCGAGAGAAGUGCGAGGCGGUCUGCGUGGGUGGAUGCGGCUUUUACGGCAAGUGUAUAGCCCCGAAUGUGUGCGGAUGUGCGGUGGUCCCGGGUCCGGAGAGAACCUACCAGCGAUGCAAGUACGGAUUGUGCAACGCCAUGGGACGAUGCCGCUGCCAGGUGGGAAUGACGCGCUUCAUCGACCGGUGCAUGUCCCCCGAUACGGUCACCACCUACGCCUCCAUGAAUCCCAUCAAGGUGAACGCUUCGCUGAUCCAGGAGUUCAAUCUGCUGCUCGGCAGGCACUUCAAUUUAACCCCUCUCACAGACACUUGGUGGCUGUGAGAUAAGGGUUCUUCGGUUCCCCUACUAAAAUACUUUCAUAUUUUCAGAGUCACAAAGAAAUCAGUAAUAAAUACUCACAUACAUUUCUCAAAA